GAGCGUUUGCGAUAAGCCCGGUCUUACAUCCAUCCAGCACUACAAUUGAACCCACGUCGAAUCAGCCAUCAUGGGUGGACUCCUCCCCAAUUCCGACGCCAUCCAAGCCGUCCUGACUCCGCAAUCCCCUUUCGCCAACCCCGCCUCCCCACCGUCGCCGGCGCCGAAGAGCAAGCACCUGGCAAAGCCAGGCCUCUACUCCGCAUGGAGCGCCAUUGACGAUGCGAAGGACAAAGCUACGCAGCUGAGCGAUGCGGCGACGAAGGAGUUGGAUAAGGCGAGCGGGAAGAUGCAGAAGUCGACGGGGAAGAUCGAGCUGUAUAGCCCGAAGUUUUAUGCGACGUGUACAAUCGGUGGGCUAUUUGCCUGUGGCUUUACUCACACUGCAGUGACCCCGCUCGAUCUUGUCAAAUGCCGUCGUCAGGUCGACUCGAAGAUGUACAAGGGGAACUUUGAGGCGUGGGGAAAGAUCGGCCGCGCAGAAGGACUUCGAGGCGUCUUCACCGGGUGGGGGCCGACUUUUUGGGGAUAUUCAGCGCAAGGGGCCUUCAAAUACGGAGGCUACGAGUUCUUCAAGAAGACCUACUCCGAUUUCGCGGGCGCGGAGAACGCACAAAAAUAUAAGACCUGGCUAUACCUCACGGCAUCUGCAUCGGCAGAGUUCUUCGCCGACAUUGCCCUGUGUCCAUUCGAGGCCGUCAAGGUCCGCAUGCAGACCACCAUCCCGCCGUUCGCUACCGGCACGCUUAAUGGCCUGAACCACAUCAUCGGCAAAGAAGGUGUUGGAGGUCUGUACAAAGGCCUCUACCCCCUCUGGGGCCGCCAGAUCCCCUACACUAUGAUGAAAUUCGCAUCCUUCGAGACCAUUGUCGAGAAGAUCUACGAUCGUCUGCCGGGGACUAAAGCCGACUACGGGAAAGGUGCCCAGACUGCCGUCUCGUUCGCCGCUGGCUACAUGGCCGGUAUCCUUUGUGCCAUCGUCUCUCAUCCGGCCGAUGUCAUGGUCUCGAAAUUGAAUGCGAGCCGCCAACCCGGCGAGGCGUUUGGUGGGGCCAUGAGUCGCAUCUAUAAAGAUAUCGGGUUCGGGGGCCUGUGGAAUGGGCUUCCUGUGAGGAUUGUUAUGAUUGGCACGUUGACCGGUCUGCAAUGGAUGAUCUAUGAUUACUUCAAGAUCUUCAGCGGCCUCCCGACGACGGGAGGAGCCGCACCGGUCGAGGAAGUGAAGGCUAUCCGUUAGAUUUCCGGAGGGUCUUCACUCAAUUUUCUGGGAUGUGUAGAGUCAGUGGAACG